UUGCUCAAUAUAUGCCCUCAUUCCUUACCUCUCCUCAAUAACUUAGACCAAAAUCAACCUAAAAACCAUGAGAAACCAGCAUUUCUCUCCGAUCUUUGUAUCCUUAAUGUUCUUCUUCCUCCAUUCUUAUGCUCAAACCCCAUCACCGGCCCCAGCCGGUCCAACCAACAUCACGGCGGUCCUCGAAAAAGCCGGUCAAUACACGACCUUGAUCAAGCUCAUGAAAAGCACACAAGAAGAUAGCCAAAUCAACACACAGCUUAACAAUUCAAAUCAAGGACUUACUGUGUUUGCACCAACUGAUAAUGCCUUUACUAAUCUUAAACCCGGAACGCUAAACUCGCUUACGGAUCAAGAAAAAGUUCAGUUGCUGCAGUUUCAUAUCCUUCCUACUUUCAUUUCCAUGUCACAGUUUCAAACUGUGAGUAAUCCUCUGCGUACACAAGCGGGAAAUAGCGCCAAUGGCGAGUUUCCGCUGAAUGUGACCACAUCAGGAAAUCAAGUGAACGUAUCAACUGGUGUUGAUACAACAAGUGUGGCUAAUACUAUAUAUAGUGAUGGCUCACUAGCUGUGUAUCAGGUUGAUAAAGUGCUUCUUCCAUUGCAACUUUUCAGUUCAGCGGCCCCUGCUCCUGCUCCUUCGAAGCCUGGGAAGGCUGUUCAAGGAAAAGCUCCGGCAGCUGCAACAGGUGAUGAUACCCCGGCGGAUGCGUCAUCUGCCGCAACAGCAAUGGUAUCCUUUGCAGUAGCAAUUGUUGCUGCAAUUUCUUUGAAGCUAUGAUUUUGUUGCCUGAUUUUCAUCUUCUCUAUCCCUCGAUUUUGCGGUUUCUAUUCCCGAUGAUUUUAUUGGGGUUCCUUUAAGCCUUUUAGAUUCGUUCUGUAGCUUUUUUCUUUUUUUGGUUUCACCACAUGAUGAACCCUAAAAUAAUUCAAAUAAAAUUCUUUACAGUUUGUAAGA